GGUAGGAGAGCAACCAGGCAGUCGGAAGUCAGAAGCCCUGCAGUGACAUAGAGAUUGACCCCUCUGAAGACCCCCUGCCCCUCUCCGCCACAAACCCCGCUCCCAGAAGUCACUCCUUCCCUGUGGACUUGCACUUUCCAGCCCGAUGUCUAGCGGCAAGUUAUGGCCCAGCAGUACCCCAGCCUCUCUGGUGUCUGUCAAAGAAUUGGAGAACCCAAAGUUCAUCGGUGCAGGCAGGUUCGGGGUGGUGUUCCGGGCGCGACACAGGACGUGGGGUUUAGAUGUGGCUGUCAAGAUCUUGAAGGGGAAGGCGAUAUCCAGGGAGAUGAAAGCCAUGGCAAGUCUGCGUAACCAGCACAUACUGCUCCUGCUGGGGGUCACCCAGGAGCUCCAGUGGGAAUCCACCUGUGGGCCAGCUCUGGUGAUUCAGUUCAUGGAAAAUGGUUCCGUGGCAGGGCUGCUGCAGCCCCACUGUCCUCGGCCCUGGCCUUUCCUCUGCCGCCUGCUGCAGGAGUUGGUACUGGGGAUGUGUUAUCUGCACAGCCAGAACCCCGUGCUCCUACACCGGGACCUCAAGCCCUCCAACGUCCUGCUGGACUCAGACCUGCACGCCAAGCUGGCAGAUUUUGGCCUGUCCACAUUUCAGAGAGGCUCAAGGUCAGGGGCUGACUCCCCAGAGCCAGCCUACUUGGCCCCUGAACUGUUGUCUGAUGUAAACCGAAAGGCCUCCAUGGCUAGUGAUGUCUACAGCUUCGGGAUCCUAAUGUGGGCAGUGCUAGCUGGAAGAGAAGCUGAAACAGUGUCUGGGACAUCACUUGAGCAGGAAGCAGGGUGUGAGAGGCAGAUUCGGCCCCCGCUGACCAAGCUACCCCAACCCAGCGCUGAGACUCCUGGCUUGGCAGGACUGAAGGAGCUAAUGCAACACUGUUGGAGCCAGGAGCCCAAGGACAGGCCCUCCUUCCAAGAAUGCCGACCAAACACCGAGGAAGCCUUCAACCUGGUAAACAAGGAGAUAGAUGCCGCAGUCUCCACAGUGAGUGUCCAAUGCCACCCCCCCCCAACCCAGGAGCUGGGCAAGGAUGGCGUGACAUGGCUCCCUUGGCCACACGAUGCCUCCUCACUGGCCACUGUUCUUUGUGCCUUAUUCUUUGUCCUCACUCUCCCCACCUCAGCACUGAGUUCCCAGGUAAUAGAUUAUGGACCAAGACACUCCUCUCUUGGGUUUAGGCUGCUUCUCCCACCUCCCUGCCCAGAAAGCUUCUUAUUGUCCUUGCAGGUGAAGCAAUUCCUGCAUGAAAACCAGGGCAGCAACAGGAUGUCAUCUUCGCCUAAGCCAGGCCCAGAAGGGACAGAAACGGAAGGCCCUAGGGGAACCACAGGAAGCCAUGACAUCAUAGCCACGGAGAUGCUAAACAAACUAAAUCUGAAGGAGUUCCCCAGCUCUGUUCCUAAAAAAUGUACAAACCUUCCCAAGGGGAUCAGGGCACAGGGAGACAAGGUUCAGCCUGCCAAGAUAGCAGGGAUGCCUUUCGAUUCAACAGCCCCAUCUCCCCAGACUCCAGAGACCUCACCUUUAAGAAAUUGGGUACCCAGCGCCAAGUUGGCUUGGACCCCAGGUUCCGGACCUGCAGGGAAUCAGGGGGCUGAGAGACGUAGCACCAACUGGUCUCCCAGGGCACCACAGCCCAAUCCAAUACCAGGUAACCCUGUUACCAUACAUGACAGCCACGCGGUGCAGGUGGGAGACAACAACUACUUGGUUAUACAAGAAGGAACUGCUUUGCCAAGGCAAGGCCUGGCGCCCUGGGGCAUGGGUCGAGGCUGGCCGCGUGCCCCACACAAGUAGGUUGGAAAGGAGAGCCACAAGAACCAAGAAGCCUGGAGCAGGCUGGUGGCAGGGCCAGUAUGAUGCAACUUCUGAGCUACCUCUUGGAUGUGAGGUAAUUAGCUGAGACUUUCUUUGAAGGCCAGCUGAUUUGUGCACACGGAAGUCAAUAAACAUGAUGGAUUUUUUUUUAA